AUGACCUUAACAUAUGAGUUAAAUGUUUCAUAAAUAGUGAUUUCUAACUUCUUAAAUAUUUUGUUGUAUUUCAACAUUUUUAGACUCUAUUUUAAUUAGGGUAAUAUUAUUUUUGACUCUUGUAAAUAGUUUUCAGAAUCAAAUUAUUUUAAUUUUAAACCCUUCUUCAGAUACAAAUCUAAUUUCAAAAUUUCUUAUAAAAAUCUAUCUGAAAUCGAAUUAAUCUUACAAACCUCUAAUAUUUGGAGGUUGUCUAUAGUUAUGAUUUAUAGAGAAUAUUUUAAAGAAAGAAAGUAUAUUUUCAAUGUUUAACCUCAAAUUAUGAUUAAAGGUAAAGCUUCGCUAAAGAAUUUGAUAAGAAAGUAAGGAAUUCAUCAACCGUUUUAAAAUGUUUCUUAUAUAGUAAAUUAAUCCUCUUAAAAUGCUUUCAAUGACAUCAGUUUCCACUUUACUUUUCAUUUUACAGAAUAUUCUGUUUGA